CACGUCGGGUCUUCACUGCCAUCCGAAGGAGGAGCCUUUUUCAUAGGGCAACACACAUGGAGCAGUAGGACAAACAUACAUAAAAGUUAUAUUUCUAGUUUAGGUCUGACCUCCUCUGAGAUGUCGGGGGACUCUGUGGCCGUUGGCUCCUUUGUGGUGGCAGACUAUGCCGUGUUUGCUCUCAUGCUUCUGGUGUCUGCUGCCGUGGGGGUCUACUACGCCUGGGUGGACAGGGGACAGGGGAGCUCGGGGGACUUCCUAACGGGUGGCCGAAGACUGACGGCCCUGCCCGUCUCGCUGUCCCUGACUGCCAGCUUCAUGUCAGCCAUCACGGUGCUGUCCAACCCGGCCGAGGUUUACCGGUACGGAGCCAAUAUUGGAUAUUAUGGCCUCUCCUAUGCGGUGACCAUGGUGGUCACAUCGGAGAUCUUUCUACCGGUCUUUUACAGGCUGGCCAUCACCAGCACGUAUGAGUAUCUGGAGCUGCGUUUCAGCAGAGCAACCCGUCAGCUGGGAACCGUGCUCUUCAUUGUUCAGACGAUCCUUUACACCGGAGUAGUCAUUUAUACCCCAGCUCUUGCUUUAAACCAAGUAACCGGGAUGGAUCUGUGGGGGGGCGUUAUUUCCACAGGUGUGGUCUGUACCUUUUACUGCACAAUGGGUGGGCUGAAGGCGGUGGUGUGGACAGAUGUGUUUCAGCUUGGUGUCAUGGUGGCAGGCUUCCUGUCAGUCAUCGUCAGGUCCGUGGUCGUACAAGGUGGCAUCAUUCCCGUCAUUUCAGACUCACAAGAUGGAGGGAGGCUCAACUUUGGGGACUUCGACACAAACCCUCUGAGGAGACACACAUUCUGGACCAUUACCAUUGGAGGGACAUUCAUCUGGAUCAGUAUCUACGGGAUCAACCAGGCCCAGGUUCAGAGAUACAUCUCCUGCAAGAGCAUGACCCAUGCCAGACUGUCUCUCUACAUCAACCUGGUGGGCCUGUGGUCCAUCUUGCUGUGCUCGGUGUUUGCAGGGAUGUGCCUCUUCUCAGUCUAUAAGAAGUGUGACCCAUGGACCGCAGGACAGGUUUCUCAGCCUGACCAGUUGAUGCCAUAUUUGGUGAUGGACAUCUUGGGAGACUAUCCUGGCCUCCCUGGACUGUUUGUUGCAGCAGCAUUUAGUGGAUCUCUCAGCACAGUGUCCUCCAGCAUCAGCGCACUGGCUGCGGUGACUGUAGAGGACCUGAUCAAACCGUACACCAACAUGUCUGAGAGACACUUUGCCUGGACCUCAAAAGGACUGAGCCUCCUUUACGGGGUUUUAUGCAUUGGAAUGGCCGGAGUGGCUUCACUCAUGGGAGGGACCCUGCAGGCAGUCAUCAGUAUAUUUGGGAUCAUUGGAGGUCCUUUACUUGGCGUGUUUAUAUUGGGUAUCCUCUGUCCCGUGGCCAACUCCAAAGGGGCUUUGUCCGGCCUUGUGUCAGGCUUGGUGUUGUCUCUGUGGGUGGGCAUCGGGGCCCAGAUAUACCACCCCCCUCCUGAGAUGAGCCGACCUCUGUCACUGACCACUGAGGGCUGUAACUUCACCGACGUGAAAAGCCUCAACUGGACCUCCGGUGCUCUGCCAACACAGCUGGCCUCCAUCACCUCAGCCGCAGUACCUCACUUAGACGGCAAGCCUCUGUUGGCAGAUAGCUGGUACUCUCUGUCCUACCUUUACUUCAGUCCUAUUGGAACCAUCACCGCUGUCAGUGUGGGAUUGUUAGUCAGCCUGUUAACAGGAGGCUGGAAGCAGAAGGUGGAAUCGAGGCUCACAUUAAUGAAAGAAGACACAAAUCUUUAUCACCUAUUCCAGUUUGUUAAAGACAGAGUCCCGAGGCGAACAGGAGAGCUCGACUUGACAAGGGGCAGAGAGGAGAAAAGUGGCGGCACUAAUCUGGCUUUCUGUGAUGUUGAGCUGGACUUGACGAAAUGAAGCUUUCCCA